CAUCCUUUCCCGAAGCAGCUUGCGGCUCAAAACGCGCCUCGGCCAGCCUGCCGCUGCUCCGUCGCCAUUAGAACCUAUUUCACGAUGAGCGGAGAGUCGUCGCUUGUUUUUAUACGAAAUAUCUAUGCCAGGAGCAACGCCUUGACCAAAGAAUUCAACAAGGCAACAGCCAGCGCUGCUUUUGUGGUGCUAUCUCUUCUAGGAGUCUGUGUCGUUGUUGGAGUGCUGGCGUUCAUUAUGCGUGGCUCGACGGAUGACGUGGCCAACGAGGUCGCUACCGCAGCGGUGAAUACGGUGAGCGCGGUUCCCGGGGCACCACUUGGAAGCCGUCCCACGCUUCCGCAGGCAGAAGCGUUCCAUCCGCACGUCCACCCCAAGCACUCGGCGCCCUUGUCGUCAGACAAGCUAAAGGACGUCGUCCGAAAGCGCGGGAAGAAAAGGAGCGCUGCAAGGAAGCCAAACAGCGCAUUCGCGUUUCCUCGGAGGACUGUAGUAGGAGCUGGCGGUGUUACUGCAGUGGACGAAGUUGCCGUCGGAAAGAACAACGGCACCACCGAACUGGAAAAGGACGGGCUUGUUUUUGUCCAAGGCGAGGACUACGAAAAAGGGGCAACUGACUCAAGUACGUCUGUAGAUUAUGACAAGUACACUGAACAAGGCUUGGAGAAAAAACCGUGGCAACGAAUGUCGGUUCGCGAUGCUCGCACUUCUUCGAGUUCCCCGCGAUCAAAAGUACCGCUUUCGCGCCGAUCUACCAGGACGACUCCAGGGCGCGCAACGAUGGGGAUUUCCACCGUAGUGCCCACCCCUCUUACAACGAAUGUGCUCCCAACAAGGAACCACGUGCCAAGCGCCCCGACCAGCAGCGCAGUGUACCUCGAAGGACGGACCGACGUGUUCGGCCCCAUCACCGGUGAUAACACAGGGGUCGGCGCCGUGGUGGAAAUGAAAUCCCGCUCAUCGUCGUCGCUGCUGUUCUGCUUCUACGAUGAUAGGAGCUCUAUCCGCUCGCCCGGGUUCUCGGUGUAUGACAUUCCCGUACAGCUGUGCACAGACGUCGCCUUCUGCUGCGUUGACGUGAGCGCCAAGGGCCAUGUGGUGGUGAGCAAAAACCUGAAGCUGUUCCUGCAAGUCUUGGGACACGAAUUCCUGCCGGCGAGCCAUUUGUACGUGACACUGGGAGGACACCGCGUGCUCAUCCACCACUUGGACGCGGCUCUGCAAAACACCGCGCGUUUCGCCACCGACCUCUCGGAAGAAGUGAAACGGCUGGGUGCCGGCGGGCUGGCCGUCUAUAUGGAGGACGUAGAACUUCUGAAGCACGCGUUCCGCGUUCACGACCUCAUCAUGGCCGUCCGGGGCGUGUCCGUGGCGGUGGUGCUGCCGCGAGAUCUGCGGCAGCAGGUACGCUACUACCACACCGAGAUCUACGCCAACACCAAGGACAUGCUGGUCAUCUCACCGCCGUCGCAGGGCUACGGGGGCAGGCAGCCAAAGCCGGCUUUUGCCACCUGUCCGCACCCUCGCCGAAGCGUCCACGAGGGCUCGUCUCUCGAGUUCAUCUACCAGCUCUCGAGAACCCUGCUGUCCUCAAUGGCGGACGGCGCAGUCGGCUAUGUGUCGACCAACAUGGGUGCAGUGGAAGAGCAACGGCCGCCACCACGCUAUGUAAUCGGCGUCUCCUUCGGUGGCCUAAAGUUCCAGCUCAAGAACCGGAGCCUCCACGACGUCGGGUCGCCGGCUACGUUCGUUCGCGAAGUGCCGUACCGCGAGAUCUGUAAGCGACCAUGGCGUCACUGGCACGAUAACGUAAGCGAGUGCUUGGUGGCCUGGGACGGCGAUCAUGGCUGGAUGUCCUCGCUGGGUCCAGGAAGCGUCGGCUUUGCGACGGAGCUCGCGAGAGGCCUGGCCGUGUUUGACCUGGACUAUGACGACCACAGCGGCGAGUGCGGCGACAAGUUCCCUGUGCUGAGGGCACUACGCGCCGCACUUCUCUCUCGGCAUUCGAGGAACCUGAAAUGAAGUUGGCACAUAUCGCCGGUGCGUUAGGCGGCUGUUGCUGGCUUCCGCGUCUGUUCUUCUGACGUUUUUGCCAAAGCAACGAACCGCCCAGCACACACAAAAAUGGUUAAAAUGUAUAGGAAUUCGAAACAACCUUUGUUUUCUGUCCUUGUGAAGCUCGCAGCUUUGUGAUGGUGAGAGCCGUAAAAUAAUUAGCGUAAAUUGUUUACCCGUGAAAUUUGUAAAGAAGCAGUCUUCUAUGGCGUGUUUCUCAUUAUGGAAUAUAGCUAUGGG